AUGAGGCUUUGUGCACUUUGGCCUGCUAUAUCGACAUUAUUUGCUGUUACUGUUGCUCAGACUAUCAGUGGUCUUACUUUUGACAGUCGAGAUGUCGUGAGUCUGGUGUGGGCUUUUGAGGGCUCGGCUUCGACACGUUAUACCUUUUGGUUAUGUGCUGGAGAUGAAACCACGGGAGAAUACGACAUUUUGGCACCUGUGGUUGAGGAAAUGGCCUAUACAUCUGGCUAUUGGGUAUCAUUUCGAGUUGACCAAAGUAUUGGAGGAAACGAUGAGAACGCAUACUUCCUCAAAAUCACACCUUCAGAUUCCCACAACUCUCUCUCUGGCUUCACCUCUCACUUUACCUUAACCAACAUGAAGGGCUCAUUUCCCUCCAAGGUGUCAAGCGCUAUCAAUUCAAUGAAGCCUAUCCCCAUACCCUGGGAGUUAGUUAAGAGCCAGCUCGUGGCUGCCGCUGAAGCAACCCCAAGCUUGAAUGCGUCAAAGUCUUUUCUCGAACUCCCAACGCCUACUAUGGAUAACGAACCGAAUCACCAUGAAUUGAAGAAGCGUGUGGUUGAAGUGGAUCCUCAUACGAUUCCUUACGGAGAACAACUGGGACCUACGAAGUAUGCGCCUAUGCCUAAGAGAGCAGGUACCACCAUUGCAGACAGGUCGCCUACACCUCAAUAUCCUCCAUUUCCUUUCUCCAUCGCCACAACCUACCUUCCGGCUCCGACAGUCGUAUAUACAGACACGGCCUAUGCAACAUGGACAGCUAAUAGUAUUGAGAACACGGCUGCCCCGGCUCCAAUGCCAACACUGGAUAAGAGAAUGCAGGAUUGGCUAUAUCAAAAGGAGUAA